AUGGAUGUUAACCUUACCGAAAAGUUUGGCUACCAAAUCGAGACAGAUACCCCGAAUUUUCCAGCACCGGCGAGGCAGCAUCCCAUCUCUUCCUGGUGUAACAAACGACGGGUUUCAGGAGGAUCGCGUUCGAGCGGAAGAUUCUGUCCCUGGGAGGGAGACCGUCGGCCGACCGACGGCAAUGAUGUGCUCGACAAGAGGGCACCGGACGCCGAGCCGGUACCUGACAUUGAGAAGUGGUUCAAGUCGAGGACGGAGUCGGUGUCGAGCAUGGACCUGGAUGCUGUGAAGCCGGAAGUCGUGGAGGGGGUCGAUCGAUACCUGACGGAAGAGCUGCCGCACUCUUUUCUAGCGAAGGAUUCCGAUACCCUCUCUAUAGACAUCGACAUAUCGGACAAAAAGAUGGGCCUGAGCUACGAUCCGUUGCUGCAUGAAUUGCGCAGCGACAAGCUGCUCGACGUGUGCGAAAAGGAUGAAUUUGCCCUGGCCGACUUCAGACUCGAUCAACUUGAUCCAAUGCCGCUCUCUCCUGACGAUAUGGUGGUGGCUGGGGAGAUUCUGCCGAAAAACCUUGGGUGCUCCGAAGGGUCUGAAAGGAAUGAUGAUUGUACAAAAGAAGAGACCACAGAGGAGGUAUGCAAGAGCAGCGAACACGAGGAAACGUCUUCGAGUUUAAGACAUUGUGGUGAGACGACAAAUGGUGGAUUAGUGGACAGUUCCAGCCAAGAAAGAGAUAUCUGUUUAAAAGACAUAAAUGAUGAAGUUUCCAAUGUGCUGCCUUCGAUCGAAUUAGAGGUUAAGGAAGGGUGGGAAAAAGAGCAGAAGUUCAGGACACAAACUGGUGGGGAAUGUCGGAUAACAAAAAAACGUAGGAAAAUCGUCAGAAGAUUGGAAAAGACUACAGCGAGGUGUCCUAAUGAUCCCUACCACUUAGACAGGAAGGAUGCGAUUAUGGCAGUAGUUGCGAUCUCUACGGACAAAAUUUCUAACACGACUCAGAUUGUAAUAAAUACUGGGAAAGAAGAGCAAAUAUAUCAGGGCAAAACCUCAGAGCUCAUCGAAGCGACAGGAAAUUUUCCAAAGCUCCCUAACCUUGACGGAUCCACUGCUUGGAAUGGCAUUGCAGAAAAUGGCAACGGAGAUGGUACCACGAGUAAUCAACACGAAUUGGUGAUAUCAAAUGCUUUGGAGGAAUUAGGUAUCACUGACGAUCGCUUGCAGCCUGUCACAAUCACGGAGCAGGGAAAGGUCUGGCUGUGUCCUCGAGAGGACUGUGGCAGACAAUUCACUAGACUCUAUGCCUUAAAAGGACACCUGUUAGCACAUUAUGGCGUCAGACCAUUCAAGUGUAACUUCGAGGGAUGCGCCUGGGCCUUCUACUCAGACUUCAAAUUGAAGCGACACAAGGAAACGCACCUGAAACGAAAAGACUACGUCUGCGAAGUGGCUGACUGCAACAGAAGGUUCACAACGAUCUACAACCUGCUAAGUCACAAGAAGCUGCACAGCAGACCCAAUCGAAUGGCAUGUCACGUGCCAGACUGCCAGGAGAAAUUCCAGACGAAGAGAGCCUUGGAACUGCACAUGACCAAAUCCCACGAUCAAAGCCAUGCUCCAUAUGCAUGCAAGCAGGAAGGUUGUGGGAAGAAGUACUACAGCAGCAACGCCCUGACAUCCCACCAACGAUGCCACAGCUACAAGGAGGUCGACGUCAAGUGUUCCUGGCCCGGCUGUGGCAAGCUCUUCGACAAACCUUGCCGACUCAAAGCACACCUACGUUCGCACACCGGCUGCAAACCAUAUCCUUGUACCUUCCAGGACUGCCACUGGGCCUUCUCGUCGUCGAGCAAGCUGAAACGACACCAGAAGAAGCACACCAACGAGAGGAAGUUCGUCUGCGACGUCUCCUCUUGUGGCAAGGCCUUCAUGAGGUCGGAGCACCUCAGGGAACACGGACUCACGCAUAAAGAAGGCAGGUACUUCCGGUGUUACGCCUGCGACGCCAACUUCUCCGCCAAGAGCAGUCUCUACGUCCACCUAAAGAAACACCGAGCCACGGAGGCCGCGGGUGGAACUGUUCGCACAGUGCCGGCCAGGGGAGCUGCUAGGACGGAAUUGACCCGGGAAGACGUAAAAAGGCUCAAAGACGAUCCCCCUGAUGCGGCUCUGGCUGCUGCAGAUCUUGCCGAGGAGCUCUCAUCGCUGUAUUAUCAAGAAGACCUGGUGGGUGCCGGCGAGUGCCAAGUUCUCCUGCUAGACCCGGGUACCUCCGAGGAACCCGAUGGCCUACGCGACCUGCGAGAUCUACGCUGAAAUCCGCUGAAAGAGGUCAACGCCCUGACGAUGACGUUUCUUCCCGAUUAGACCGAUAGACUAUCAUUCGGUCGAUAGAUUAAAUUUAUUUACACUGCAGAACUCGGCGCAACUUUGAUCCGGUUGGGAUGAUUGUUCGGCACGUGGCGCGUAGAUAUUUGAAGCGAAAACAAUUGGUAAUUCCGGCAUAAUUGUCGCUGAAUUAAACCGAUCAAAUGGAUCAGAAUGUAUAUGAUUAGGUAAAUAGGAAAAUUUUCUUGUUUGGUGCUUAGGUGAAUAGUGCGUCUCGUUGAAUGAAAUUUAACGGAUUAACGGUGAAGUCGACGAUCGUUGCUCCUCCUCCCAUUUUUUUAAAUCUAGAUAUAUAUUUUCGACGUGUCUGUGAUUGAGGUUGCGAUUCGGCCUGAUGUUCGUUUGUACGACGGUAGGCAAUUACUUUGAAUUGUUAUUUUAUCAAUAAAAUUGUUGAUAUUUUCUAUAA